AUGAAGGUUCAGUUAUUGAGGCCGGAUCUACGGCAAAUAUACAGGCCGCUACAAGUCCAUACACAAUGGCCGCCAUCGAGAAGGGCGUGGAAUCGCAGCUAUGCAACAACGUCGAUCUCGGCUGCCGAGCUCGAGUUCGGUCAACCGGUUUACGAGACACAUCCGCACAUUCUCAAGCCGGGUGAAAUCACCCCCGGCAUCACCGCUCAAGAGUAUGCCGACCGCCGAGCCAAGCUGGCCCACAGCCUCCCCGACGGCGCCGUCGCCGUCCUUCCCUCGGCCGAGGUCAAGUACCGCUCCGGCGCCGUCUUCUACCCCUUCCGGCAAGAGUCCAACUUCCUCUACCUCACCGGCUUCUCCGAGCCACAGUCCCUCGCCGUCAUCCGCAAGACCGGCCCGUCGCUAGGCGACUACACCUUCCACCUCUUCUGCCGCCCCAAGGAUGCCCUCGCCGAGCAGUGGUCCGGCCCCUGGUCCGGUCUGCGCGCCGCCGAAGACGUCUUUAACGCCGACGAGGCCGGCGACAUCAACGCCCUCCACACGCUCCUCCCGCCCCUCCUCCGCUCCGCCUCCCGCAUCUACACCGACGCCAUCCCCUCCUCCUCCUCCUCCUCCUCCUCCUCAUCAUCAUCUCCAUCCUCGUCCCUGUCCUCCAUUUUCUCCUCCCUCCCGAGCAAGGCCCCGACCGCGCCGCUAUCCCCGCUCGUCAACGCGCACCGCGCCAUCAAGUCGCCCGCCGAGAUCGGCGCCAUGCGGCACGCCGGCCGCGUCUCGGGCCGCGCCUUCACCAGCGCGAUGCGGCGCCCGUGGGCGUCCGAGCCCGAGCUGCACGCGUACCUGGCGCACGCCUUUGCGCGCGACGGCCUGUCGGGCGAGGCGUACGUGCCCGUCGUCGCCGGCGGGCCGCGCGGCCGUAUGAUCCACUACACGCACAACACCGCCCUGCUCCGGGACGGCGAGACCGUCCUGGUCGACGCCGGCGGCGAGUACGGCUGGUACAUCACCGACAUCACGCGCGUCUGGCCCGUCGGCGGCCGCUUCAGCGCCGCCCAGCGCGACCUCUACGCCGCCGUCCUGCGCGUGCAGCGCAUGGCCGUCGGCCUGUGCACGGAGCGGAACGGGCUGUCGCUGGACGAGAUCCACCGGGCCACCGAGGCGGCGCUGCAGGACGAACUCGAGCGGCUGGGCUUCGAGUUCGGAAGGGGAAUGAGGAUGUUCCCCGGCGGCGGCGAAGCUAUGGGUAUCUUGUUUCCGCACCACGUCGGCCAUUAUAUCGGGCUGGACGUGCAUGAUGUGCCCGGGUAUCCCCGGUCAACGCCGCUACGGGCUGGGCAUUGCGUGACCAUCGAACCGGGCGUGUACGUGCCGGAUGAUGACAGGUUUCCAAAGCAUUUCAGGGGGUUGGCGGUGAGGAUAGAGGAUAGUGUGUGCGUGGACAAGGAUGCGCCGCUGGUGUUGACGCCCGAAGCGGUCAAAGAGGUGGAGGACAUCGAGGCAUUGAGGUAG